UACGAUUCCGCCAAAAUCACAGACACUGGGUCCGGCUCAGGGAUUCGGCAGUCCAAGAUGGGUGGCCAUUCAAUGUCCCUGAGCUGGUAAAGGAGCCAAUAACUCAGGGCAAAACUAGUGCGGAGGCAUUGCGUGAAAUCCAGUUUUAUCAAGAAAGCAGCGGCCUCUUUCUCCCCAACUUGGCUUUCUCCCGUUUGGUGCGAGAAAUCGCCAUGAGCUACAACACAGAGCUGUGAUUUCGACAGGUUGCAAUGCUUGCAUUGCAGGAGGCGACAGAGGCGUAUCUUGCAGCAUUUUUCGAUAGUUCGUGCAACUUGAGCAUUAUUUUGAGGUGAUGCAUUCAUCAGAUGCCAAUCUUCUAUAACAUGGAUCUCUGCUUUCUGCGGAUUGUGGUCGCGUUGUCGUUCAGACUGAUGGUCAGAAUCAGAUCAAGUAACUGGUCGAGACAUUGCUAUUGUCAUUCCCCUUGUCUGCUUGCCUGCUUGCUUGGAAAUAAGGAGUUUGGCUACACAAGUUGGCAAGAAUGCCCACUGCUCGAGCUGAUGGAUCGACAGGUUUAAAAAUUUGAUUCUAAAAAUUUGAUUCUACAACUGAGGC